AUGGCGUUGGUAUCUUGCUUCCUUCCACGAUCUCGGUAUUUUCAACGACUCCUCAGGUCACCUUGGUCCUUGGCAAUAAUCGCACGUAGUUCGUCCACCGUCGUGAAGACGUCUGGCGACAGCAAAGUGUUGCCAUUCUCAAAUAUUCCUGGCCCGAAAGGAACCAUUCAAAAUGUUUUGGAAUACGUGUUAAACAAGGGCUCGCGUUUGGAUGUCGUAAAGAAACGCUUCGAAAUAUUUGGCCCAAUAUACAUUGAGCAAGUAUUGGGCACGCAAUUUGUAAAUAUUUCCGAUGCAGAUGCUGUAGCGAAAGUUUUACAUACCGAGAAAAAAUUUCAGAUGCGGCCCGGUUUCGACUCCUUGAACGAGAUUCUGGAUAGAAACAAAGGUCUUAUGUUGCUCUCAAACGACUAUGACAAAUGGUAUCCAGAAAGAUCGCUGCUAUCACCAAAAUUGUUACGUCCAAAGGACAUCAAUGAAAAAUUUCCUAUGUUAAAUACUGUAGCAAAUGACUUCGUAAAACAACUGAACCUUCGUACUACGCAGUGUGAUGGGAAGGUAGAAAACAUUGAAGAGGAGGUGACAUUUUUUUCUGUAGAAGCACUUGCUUCGUACAUGUUCGAACAGCGUCUUGGUUUCUACAAUCACCCGCCAGAUCUCACAGUAGUCGCGUUUGUGGAUGCAGCCACAAAGGUAGCCAACAGCAUUGGAGAGCUCGCUAUCAAUUCUCCUUUUGAUAAGUACAUCAAGACCCCGGCAUAUUAUCGAGCGGAAAAAAAUGUGACUACAUUUUGUGCCAUUGGUAUGAGCGUUUACGAUAAGAUAUUGGCAACAAAUCAAGAACAAGAGAAAGAUAGCAGUCAGAAAGAAUCCUUGUUUGAUUAUGCAUCAAAGAAUAUGGCGAAGAUCAGUGGAUUGUUAGCAGGUGCCAUUGAUACAACUAGUGCAACGUCUAUUUGGCUUCUUUACCUACUGUCGCAACAUCCAGACAUACAGGAUAAACUUUAUCAGCAGCUAAUAACUGCCGUUGGCCCAGAUGGGGAAGUAUCAGCAAGCAAUUUGCCAUCACUUCUCAAAGCAGCACUGAAGGAGUCGCAACGCAUGUACCCUGUCGCUGGGUAUGUGGUUCCUCGGGUAUUUGAUAGAGAUCUUGAUGUCCUCGGCUACCAUAUUCCAUCUGGUGUUAAUAUUAUAAUGCACGAAUACGUGAUGUCGCUCGAUAAGCGGUAUUAUGGGGAAAACGCGAAAGAAUUUGUGCCAGAGCGAUGGCUGCGUGAUGAAACAGGAAAGAGGCAAGAGCUUAACGCCUUUGUUUCCCUACCAUUUGGUUAUGGAACAAGAAUGUGUAUCGGUCGGAGAAUAGCCGAAGCAAUGAUCUACAUGUUGAUAAGCAAGAUCUUACUUAGUUACCGUUUGGAGUACGCUGGCGAAAAUGAG